AUGCUUGCGCAGGACCCGCGGGGCCACGAUGCCGGCUCAGGCGCCUGGCCAGCCGCUGGCGCUGCCCAUGCGCCCGCCACCGACGUGGCGCCGCAGCCCACUUGGCUGGCCGACCUCGAGUCAUACCUCGCCACGUCUUUCGUGCCCUCCGAGGGCCGCCAUGACCUCGCCGCCGCGGUCCGCGCGGCCCCGUCAGCGCCCGCCACGUGGCUGGCGUUCCUCUCCGCCGAGGAGGCCGCGGGCGGCGGCGCGCUCGCGGGCGGGCUGACGGGCGGCCUGGCGGUUGGGGGCGGCGGCGGCGGCGGCGGCGUCAGCUUGUACCACCUAUACUACUGGGCAACGCAGCUGGUGCCGCGCGCAAAGCACCAAGGGGACGAGGAGUACGUCCGGCUGUGGCUCGGCUAUGCGCGGCAGCAGUGGGCGCGCAGCCCCGACGACGCGCGCGACACGUUCAAGACGCUGCGCAACAGCGCCAUCGGCGCCGCGAGUGCGCACCUGUACGCUGACUGGGCGGGCCUGGAGUAUGCAGCCGGCAACGUGUCUCGUGCGUUGGGGAUCCUGUCAAAGGGGUACAAGGGAGGCGCGCAGCCCGUCAGGCAUCGGCGGCGACGCGACCGCGCGCAGCGCGACGGCCGGCCGGUCGUCUGGCAGCAGCGGCGGGCGCGCCCCCAGCCGCCCGGCCUCGAGCCGCCGCACCCGCCGGCCGCCGUGGGUGGGCCGCAGCAGCACCCCGCCCUGGCGCCCUCCAGCCAAGGCGGCAGCCAAGGGGGCAGCCAGGGCGGCAACCAGGGGGGCGGCGGCAACACCACCGGAACUAUCGGCCUGAAGCGCUUCGGCUUCAAGAGCCGCGCGCUCAGGGUUGGCGGCGCCGCGGACCAGGCGACUCCCGCGCCGUCUGACGGCGCCGGCGCGCCGCGGCAGCAACACGGCGCCCCUUGCCAGCCGACCGACGCUCACGGGGGCCACACGCUUGGCGCGAGCGCCGCGGCGGCGCUGCAGACUGCGGUUGCACCAGGGGCGGCGGACGAGGACGGGGACGCGGGCCAUGGGCGCAAGCGGCGAGCGGGCGCGGACGCGCCGCCAGCGGCCGUGGGCGAAAAAGCCGCCGCCUUGCUGGCGCAGCAGCGGCCCCCGCCCGCGGCCGUUGCGGCCGCCGCGGCAGCCGCCCCCGCCGCCGCAGCAGGGUCUAUCGACGACAGCGACGACAGCGUGCCCUUAGUCAUGGGGAAGCUGGCGGCGCGGCUGGACCCCGGGCGCGGCACGCUCGUCGCCUCGCACACGCACAGCCACAUGCAGCCGCGGCGGACGCCCCUCGAUUUGCAGGAGGCGGCGCCCGGCCCUGGGCCGAACGGGCGCCAGGCAGGCGAGUCGGUUGGCGAGGGCGGCGGGCGGCGGGCGGGGCCGGCGGAGGGGCGGCUGCCCUCGUCGCUGGAGGUGGCGCCCGUGGCGGCGCCGGAUGGCGCGGGUGGCGGGCGGCGGCCUGUGCCCGCUUAUGGCGACCGCGGCACCGGCAGUGGUGCAGGCGAGGGUGUUGCAGCAGCUGGUUUCGAGGUCGUCCCAAGCACAAUCGUCCUGCCGGCCACCAAGGCGGCGGCAGUGCCGCCCACGAUGGUGCUGCCUGCCCCUGGGGCGGGACGCGGCCCCUGCGACGGCGCGUCCGUGGCGCCGCCUGCGCCCCUGAGUAGGGCGCCAGCCGAGGCCGCCGGCAGGGGUGCGGCGGCGGCGGCGGCGACACAGCAGCAGCGGCCGGCGGUGGGGGCGGCUGCUGUGGAGCAGCAGCGGCCAGCCAGGCAGCCGCUGAGGCCUGUUCUGCAAGCGGUGGAUCCGCAGCCGAGCGAGGGGCAGCGAUUACAUGCAGACGCGGCGAAACCCAAGCCGGCGCCCUGCGCUGCCCCGCAGCAGCAGCGGCAGCAGCAGGAGCAGCAGCCGCCGCCGCAGCAGCAGGCGCAGCGGCCGCAGCCACCGCCACAGCAGCAGCAGGCUCAAGCGCAGGCGCGUGCGCCGCCGGAGCAGCAGCAGGCGCAUGCGCAGCAGCAACCCUCACAGCAGCCCCUCGCGCAGCCGCCACCGCCGGCUGCGGUGCAGCAGCAGCAGGCGCAGCAGCAGCAGCAGCAGCAGCAGCAGCAGCAGCAGCAGCAGCAGCAGCAGGAGCCGCCAGCGCAGAAGCGCGCACGAGAGGACGCGCACACUGUGUACGUGCAGGGGGUGCGGUACACGAAGCUGGAGUGUGUGGGGCGCGGCGGCAGCAGCAAGGUCUUCAAGGUCAUGGGGCCCAACUGCAAGAUCUUUGCGCUCAAAAGGAUUCGGCUGCAGGGGCGCGACGUCGAGGCCGCGGCGGGGUUCAUUGAUGAAAUCAACCUGCUGAACCGCCUCAAGGGCAAGCAGAACAUCAUCCAGCUCGUAGACGCGCAGGUGUUCACCGACGAAGGGCUGGUGUACAUGGUGCAGGAGUAUGGGGAGAUCGACCUCGCGCGCCUUCUGGCAAAGCACGAGGCGACGCGGCGGCAUCGACGAGAAUUUCAUCCGGCUCUACUGGCAGCAGAUGCUGCAGGUGCCGUGGCCACUGUCCACGAGCUGCGCAUCGUCCACAGCGACCUCAAGCCGGCCAACUACCUGCUGGUGGAGGGCCAGCUGAAGCUCAUCGACUUUGGCAUAGCAAAGGCCAUCGGGGGGGACACCACGUCCAUUGCGCGGGAGUCACAAGUGGGCCGUCCAAGCGACAUCUGGUCCCUGGGCUGCAUUCUGUACCAGAUGGUCUACGGGCGCACCCCCUUUGCCGACCUGCCCUUCAUCCCGAAGAUGCACGCCAUCUGCGACGCGCGGCACGCCGUCAAGUAG